AUGAUGCUUUUCUCAGAUUGGCAUUGGCGUGGAUAUGGUGCGUCGGAAAGUAUUACGAGGCUCGUUUCUCGUUCUCUAUCAGAUACCUCUCGCGGAGCUAAUUUACAGGAGUUACGAAUUACUAUAAGUCGAUCUCAUUUAAAUCAAAAAGUCAACGAAUCCUUGAUCCGAGCAUUUUCCCCGCAGAAGAUCCAGAUACUUGCUGCUGGUGGUUCAGCUUUUGGUGCAUUCAACUUGCUCUCCAAACGGUAUCGCAGAUUCGAUUCUCUCUUUCCAUGUGGCCGAUUCAAACUGCUCAGCCUCCUGGAGGGCAAAGCGGAUCUCUAUGUGCAUCCAUCAGGUUCAAAUAAAUGGGAUCUUUGCGCUUCUUGUGCCUUAAUCGAUGCAGUCCACGGCCGAGCUACUGGCCUGGACGGUAGUAUUCUUGACUUCUCUGCUCAUGGACCUGUUCGCAUUCCAGACACCACCGGCUUCUUUGCUGCAGUUAGUGACCAAUUAUAUUCUCGGUGGCAAAAGGUGGCUGUGGCUAGCUUCAUACCAAAUAAUCCUUAG